AUAAUCCUAUUCUUAAGUAAUUUGUAGAUUUAGUUGAGCAUUAAGAAAACAGUAAAUUUUCAGAAACCAUUAUGUCUACUUCACUCUUUGAUUCAAGUAUCUCCAAAAGCGAGGCCUUCAAUAAACUUCCAUUUGGUCCAAAAGUAUAUGAUAAUGUUGUUGUCAAUCCUAAGGAAAAAUUAACAACUCACUCUAAUAUUUACAGGAACAAAGCGUACCCAGAUAGGUUAGUGGACAGCAUUCAUCCAGAUUUAGAUACUUAUUAUAAAUUAUUCAAUAAUGCUGUUGAACAAUUUGGUGACAAACCAUGUUUCGGUCAUAGACCAUAUAAUUAUGUUACUCACACGUGUCAAAAUUAUUUCAAGCAUUAUACUUAUAGUGAAAUUAAUGAGAGAAAGAAGAAUUUAGGUUCUGGAAUCAUUAGAUCAUUAUUAGCAAAUCCAUUCUUAGACAACAAAUUAGUUCUGCAUGGUAAAGUAAUUAAUCAUUUACGUGAUUGGAAAACGUAUGGAAUCCCUCAUACUGCUACAGAAAAUAAGAAUCAUGAGAUUGAAGAUAGUACAUCUUUUAUCGUAUCUAUCUUUUCGGGUAAUAGAUUAGAAUGGAUGUUAGCAGAUGUCACUUGUUCAGCCUAUUCUCUUACUAAUACUGCUUUGUAUGAUACUUUGGGUCCAGAAGUUACAAAAUAUAUUCUCCACUUAACUGAAUCACCAAUAAUUAUCUGCUCUAUUGAUAAGAUUGAAACCCUUUUAGAUUUGAAAGAAAAAUUCCCUGAAGAGUUGGUUAAUCUCAUUCAACUUGUAUGCAUGGAUCCAAUUGAAUUUAUUGAUCAACGCUUAAUUUCUAGAGGAGAAGAUCUUAGGAUAAAAAUUACUGACAUGUUUGAUGUUGAAAGAGUUGGUCAGGAGGAUAGAGUUGAAGAGUUGCCACCUUCAAAGGACUCAUUAUAUACAAUAUCGUUUACAUCAGGAACAACAGGUUCAAGACCAAAAGGUGCGAUGCUCUCUCAGAGUAAUGCUGCAGCUGCAAUAGCCUUUUUGGGUUCUACAGAACCUCAUGCCAAAGGUAAUGGAGAAUCGGCAUUCAUCUUUUUGCCAUUGACCCAUAUCUAUGAACGUGAGUGUAGUGCGUUUGCAUUGAUGUCAGGUUAUUAUCUUGGAUUUCCCCAGUUGACGAUUCAAAGAAAACAAGUGGAUGUAUUCAAUAAUUUGAUUGAGGAUUUAAGAAUUUUCAAGCCAACUUAUCUUUCUAUUGUGCCAAGAAUCCUUACAAAGAUGGAAGCAUUGGUAAAGACUUUAAUUAAUGAGAUGGACGAUGACGAAUCUAAUAAAGUUAAUACCAUUAUUGAAUAUAAAUUACGUCAACAAUCUUUAAAAGAUGGCUCUACUGGUGCAAAUAAAGCAUUUGAUGAAUUUCCUGCCUAUAAAUCAUUAAGGGAAUUCUUUGGAUUAACUAAUCUUAAAUGGAUGCAAACUGCUAGUGCACCCAUUGCCCCCUCAACUUUGAUUUAUUUGAAGGCAAGUUUGGCAGUAGGGACUAGACAAUUAUAUGGUUUGACUGAGACUACUGGUGCUACUACAAACACAGAUCUGUUUGAGAUGAAUGCAGGAACCUGUGGAGCUAUUUCAAUAACAAACGAAAUUAGAUUAAGAAAUGCUAGCGAAAUGGGUUAUGAUAUUAAAGAACUCAAAGGUGAGUUGACGAUUCGAGGUACUAUGGUCUUUAAGGGGUAUUAUAAGAACUUAAAAGAAACAAACAAUGUCUUUGAUGAUGAAGGUUGGUUUCAUACUGGGGAUAUUGCUAAGUUAGAUCCUAAAACUUUCCGUAUUUCAAUUAUUGAUCGUGUAAAGAAUUUCUUUAAAUUGCAACAAGGUGAAUACAUUUCACCUGAAAAGAUUGAAAAUAGAUACUUAUCAUCCAAUCCACUUAUUACUCAAUUAUAUGUUCAUGGUGAUUCAUUAAAGAAUUACUUGGUCGGAAUUGUUGGAAUAGAUUUUGAAAGAGGUUUGAGAUUUUUGAAUGAAAACUGUGGGUAUAAUAAAAUAGAUCUCACUGAUGAUGAAUUGUUAGUUGAAAUGAAUAAAGUUGAUGUGAAAAAGAAAUUCUUGAAACUUUUAAACGAAAAUGUUAAUGGUAAAUUAAAUGGGUAUGAAAGACUUCAUAAUAUUCAUAUUGAAUAUAAUCCAUUAACCUUAGAAAGAGAUGUGGUUACCCCAACUUUCAAGAUUAGAAGACCGGUAGCUUCUAAAUUCUUUGGAACUGUAUUCCAUAGAUUGUAUGAGCUUGAACAAUCAUUAUUGGAUGAUGUUAAGUACUUGAAAUCUAAGCUCUAAAUAAAUUUUUUUAUAUAUUUUUAUUAUAACCC